AUGCCUCCUUCGGCGCAGACGACUCGUCUCGUCUCUACUUUGCGACUUCUCAUUCCACGACUCCGUCUCCUCCAAAAGAAAGAUACCGCAUCCUCCAUCGUGCAACGUCGCGAGCUUUCCCAGCUUCUCAGCGAGAACCGCGAGGCCUCUGCCCGCAUUCGAGUCGAAAAUGUGAUCGCCACCGAUAUUGCCGUUGAAGUGAUGGAGAUGGUCGAGCUCUACUGCGAAUUGCUGCUGGCACGCGCCAAUGUCCUGGACCAACUGGCCUUUGGAGACAAGGGGGCACGCGCGCGAGUACGUGCCAAGGAACUGUUGAAGAAACAAACUCAGCCCCAAGCAAAUGAGAAUGCCACAACUCCUGCACCCGAAAGUUCAGGGUCGCGCUUUGGGUUUGGUUGGCUGGGCGGAUCACAGAAGAAGGAUGCGAGCGCGGGAUCCAGUAUGGGUCAUGCAUCCGCUAAUUCGCAGCAGCUCUCUGACGAUGACGAUGCAUACAUGGACACUGCUCUCGACGAGGCGGCCGUGGUUAUUUUCUACGCGUGGCAUCGCUUUCCUCACGAGCUCCGUGAACUGACCAUGCUUCGGACAAUGCUCGGCGAACGAUACGGGAAGGAAUUCAUGACCUUGGCGCAAGAUAACAAGGUGGAUACGAUCAAAGUCCCUGAUCGUCUGUUGAAAGGGCUGCGGGUGCGCCCACCAACACAGGAAUUGGUAGAGAGUUAUCUGCGAGAGAUUGCCAAGGCGUACGGUGUCGAAUGGCCCGGUGGAGAGGAUGCCGCAGCGGACCUGGGAGAUGCACCACCAGAGUUCGUUGACGACGACGAGCACGGUGAUGAUGUCGAGGGAGGCGAUCUACCUGCCACUCCGGGUCAGCAGGGCAAGGAAGGCACACCAAGACCUAGUCUCGCCGAGGCCAGACGGGCGUCCGAAACCAGUGAAUUGAACAAGGCGACUCCUCCUCGCGGGCCUGCAACGCUGCAAGGCCGAAGCCCCGUCAGCGUUGCACCACCUGCCCCUCGGACCGACAAUCCCAAUCCUCGAGUGAGGGUCCCGGGUUCCGACUCAGACGUCAUUGCGAAGGGCAACACGGGCAAAUCCAACUCUAGCGGCAUUCCCGAGCUAGACGAGCUGACCCGAAGAUUUGCGGAUUUGAAGAGAAAGCCAUGA